GUUUUGGACAAGGUUCUCAGCAAUUGCUUGGUGACCCAUUUCCAGGUGUAAGGAAGCCCAUGAGCCCAGUUGCUUCACAGAUGAGUCCCUUGGAAAUACAGCAGGCUGCACUGGAGGGACUGGCACUGCCACAUGACUUAGCCAUACAGGCAGCAAACUUCUAUCAGCAUGGCUUUGGCAAACCACAAAUGGACAAAAGCAGAGAUGGCUACAGAAACAGGCAGCAGCGAGUGACUAAAUCACCUGCGCCAGGACACAGAGGGAAUGCAUCUUCUCCAGCCCCUGCAGCAUCCAUCACCAGCAUGCUGUCUCCUUCCUUCACACCUACCUCGGUGAUUCGCAAGAUGUAUGAGAGCAAAGAGAAGAGCAGAGAGGAGCCAGUUUCUGGGAAAAUGAAAGUCAGUGAUGGUAAAGAUGAAAAUCAGAGGCCAAAUGAAGGUACCAAACUACCUGCACUGCAGCGCUCUGCAUGUUCCACACCUCUUACCCAAGCAAAUCGUUGCACCAAAGAGCAAGACUACAGGCCUAAAUCAGCUGGUAGAAAGACACCUACGAUGGCCUCCCCAGUACCAGGAGGCCCUUUUCUUCGUCCUGUUCAUCAAGUACCCCUUGUUCCCCAUGUACCGAUUGUACGACCUGCUCAUCAACUGCAUCCAGGAUUGGUCCAGAGAAUGCUGGCACAGGGGGUUCAUCCACAACAUCUUCCUCUGCUGCAAGCAGGUAUGCUUCCACCUGGAGUGGACCUGUCUCACUUGCAGGGAAUAUCUACUCCCAUCCUUGGCCAACCUUUUUACCCGCUACCAACAGCAAGCCAUCACAUCUUAAAUCCACGCUCUGGGACACCUUUGCAGCUAGCAAUGAUGCAACAGCAGCUACAACGAUCAGGCACUGGAGCACAGGGAUCACCUGCUGGUGCACAAACAACUCCCCAAAAUGUGCUGCCUCGGACUGGGUUAUCUCAUGGGCACACACAGCUCGACCAUCGCCCCAGCCAGAGGAGUGGCUCUCCCAUUGGCCUUGCAAAAUGGUUUGGUUCUGAUGUCUUGCAGCAACCUCUCCCUUCCAUGCCAUCCAAAGUCAUCAGUGUAGAUGAACUGGAAUACCGGCAGUAAACAGUGACCACUGGGUGGAACACUUGUGAUUCUUUAGACUGGAUAAACUGUCCAUAGUCAGGACUUCACCUCUGUUUGGUUUUUUGGGGGCUUUUUAUUUGUAGCACUCUGUGCAAAAUUUCUUUUUGAGAGACUCAAGCACAUGGCACCUGUCCUGGUCUCAUGUCUGCAUCAAGACUAAAGGAUCCAUUACGGCUUGAAUAGUGAAGCCUGAAGAAAUUUAGAUGCAAGACAAAGCCAGUUUAAUCCUGGAAGUGUCUAUUUUUCUUUUUGUAAGAUAUGUGAAUGAAGUGCUGAUAUUCUCUAGUGUAGAGGUAGCAGCUAUUGAUUCCUCCUGCAGAAAACUAAAUGUAUAGACCCUUGUGUACAGACUUGUGUAUAAACAAUCUUUUGUAUAUAUACACAUAGACUAGCCUUUUUGAAUCUAUACAGCUGUACAUAAGAGUAGCUGAUAACAGUUGAGCUUUAGUUGUGCCUAUGGUUUGGAUCUUUCUCCAUUGUAUGUGUGGGACUUUCUUUAAGAUUAAAGUUGCAUAUCCUAAGUGUGAGUGAACAGGA